AUGGAAGUGUCGCUGUCCACCCCUCAGAAUCGUUCGCCCUUCUUGCCAGGGCACGGUGGGGUGAACCAGCUUGGGGGGGUCUUCAUAAACGGGAGACCGCUCCCGCAGGUGGUGAGAAAGCGCAUCGUGGAGCUGGCGCACCAGGGCGUGCGUCCAUGCGAGAUCUCCCGCCGUCUGCGCGUAACGCACGGCUGCAUCAGCAAAAUCCUGAACAGGUACAACAAGACAGGAAGCCUUAAACCAGGACUCAUGGGGGGCUCCAAACCCAAAGUGGCAACCCCCAGAGUCGUCCAAAGGAUCCUGCAGCUGAAACACAAGAACCCCUCCAUGUUUGCCUGGGAGAUUCACGACAGGCUGGUACUGGAGCGAGUGUGUGACCAAGACUGUGUGCCCAGCAUCAGCUCCAUCAACAGGAUCAUCAGGAGCAAAGUCAAGUCUGAGUCCUGUGAAGCUCGAGGGGAAAUAUCCAGCUUUGAGACCCAAGACCAGCAGCAUUCCUAUUGUGGCACUUUGGGACAGCCUGACCCCCACUUGGCCUUUCACACCAACCUGUCAGAUACUUAAUCGUGUUUGGUUACUCUGUAAGAAAUGAAGGAAGGAAUAAAAAUAAAGAAAUAAAA